UUUUUUUUUUAGUUUUUCGUAAACAUAUUAAUAUAUUUUUACAAUUGCUUGGUAACCCUCUAUUUUCUGUUUGUGUAUGUUGUGAAUUUGUUGUAGUACGUACAAUUUUCCAAUUUUAGAUUAACUAAAAACAAAAAAAUGGAAGCAAUUUACGAUAACCUUACGAAGCCAUAUUUGUAGAUGGCAACUCAGUGUUCAACUUGAAAAAUAUAGACAUUGUAGACGAAAAAGAAGAUUAUGACAUGAACACAGAUGAUGAAACUGAAGAUGAUGAUAGUAAUUAUGAUGAAGAUGAUGAUGAUAGUAAAGAUGAUGAUGAUAUUGAAAAUAAUGAUGAUAAUGUUGAUGAUAAUAAAGAUGAAAUAGACAAUGGAAUGGAACCUAUGGAAAUAGACAAUAACAUUGACGAUAAUAAUUUCAACUAAUUAAAAAGUGGCUGAAGCUAUAGACAAAGAAUUUUGUUAUUAUUGCAAAUUACCCUUUACUAUUGAGCAACUACUUAAUCAUCAACUAAAAUGUAACUCAUCACAAGACUAUGAUUGUUUUAGCUGGGGAAAAAAAAUUAAAUUGUCAGAUACUUGGGAACACGAAUGUGAACUUUAUCACGAAGAACACGUAGAAAAAAAUCGUACUAAAUUAUGUGUAUUUUGUGUAACUCAAAUUCAAAAAAGCGACUUUGAUCAACACGUUAUCAAUUGUUUACAUCAUUUUGAAAACCAAUGGAAAGAAAUAAUGGAAAGACAAAAAUAUGAUAUUAUGGAUCAAAAACAAAGUUUAACUUUUUUAAACAUGACUACUAAUAACAUUCUAAACAGUUUAGAAGCUGUCAACAAUCAAUUGAAAGCUUUAACUAAACGAAUGAAUAACGUAGACUUGGAAAUGAAAAAAUUGGAUGUUUUAACUAAACGAAUGGAUAACGCAGACUUGGAAAUGAAAAAUUUUUUGAAUAAAGACACAUUGGAAAGAGAUUUGAAACUAUAUGAACAUAUACUAAACUAUAAUAAAGAUAACAAUAAAAAAUCCAUGUCUGAUAAUUUGAUAAUAGAAUUGGACCAAAUGGAUUUGAGAUUGCAAUCUAACGAACCUUAUCAUACUCAACCUUCUUAUUCGCUUGAUGGUUAUUUGUACCGAUUAAAAAUUUUAGGUUACUGUAAUAAAGAAGAUAAAAUGGGUAUUUAUUUUCAACUGAUGCAAUCUCCAAUGGAUCAUUCUUUAAAGUGGCCGUUUGUAAAGACUGUAACAUGCACAAUUAAAACCGAUGACUGUUAUACUGAAAACACAAAAGUGAUAGCCAAUUAUAGCGAACCAUUAAAAGAAUGUUUUGAAAAACCUGCUCAAGCAUAUAACCGAGCUGUUGGAACAGAAAGUUUUGCAACACAUGAACAACUAAAAAAACAUUAUAUAAAAAACAAUAAACUUAUUAUACACGUUUCUUUUAUACAAUUUGUUAUGUAUUUUAAUGUUUUUUUAAUAUAACUUUGUGUUUAAUAUGUAUUUUUUUUUAGACUAUUAAAAAAAAUGAACAGUGCAAUCAUGAGAGAACUGGCUGACUACAUCACUACGUCUGAUGUAAAAAAAUUAAAAAUGUUUUUAGAAAUUCCUUACGGUAUAAGAGAAAAAAUUAAAGACGGACUAGAUUUGAUGGAAUACAUCUAGUGCAAGGAUUUUGUAUAUCAACACUUUAAAUAUAAAUCUAACGAAGCAAAAAUAAAACUUAUUUUAUAUUUAUUAAAUGAAAUUGGUAGAAAAGAUAUUUAUAAUAAGCUUAUAGUUAAAUUAGAAGAACCUCCAUCAUACGAAGAAAGUUUAAAUCCUCCAGAGUAUACAGAAAAUCCAAGAUAUUUUGUACAGAUGAAAGAUCAUAGAUAUCCGUCAUAUAAUCAUCCAACGUAUUAUCCGCCUGAAGCUAUUAAUUUAAAACAAGAAGAACUUUUUAAUUAUUAUAAUAAAAAAUAAUUUUUUUAUUUCAUUUAUGUAUAUUUGUUUUAUAAUAAAAUAUAUAAUUUUUUUCUUUUAAUUUGUAUGUUUUGUUUAUGAUCUUCAUUUUAAACCUUCUUAUGAUUAUAAGUAUGAUUUUAUUUAGAAUGUUAAGAAAAAAUUUAAUUAUUCGUGCUAGAAUACAUCAAGAUUUAAAGAAAUUUUUUUCAAUAAUAGAAGACAAAUUGAAAGAUUUGUGGUGUAAAAACGGUGAAAUGUGGUAUAUAAUAUAUAAAUGAAAUCAUGAAUCACGGACUUUAAAAGAUUUGUGUAAAAGAAAGUUAGCUUCUGAAAAACUGUUACGAAUAGUUAUACCAAAUUUACGUAAACAAAUUAACAAUUUGAUGUAUUCGUUUUUUCAAAAGAAUCAAAAAAUUUUAUUACAAUAUUCUGUUUACAAAUCACACGAAGACGAUUGUUUUGAUUUAAUUGACAAACGUACAUUAAUUAGAUCGUUUUAUUUAGAUAUUCAAAUAUCAAUUGUUGAUAAUAUAUAUAAGCUUUUUGUAAAUACUUAUUUUAUAAAUUGUUUUGCUGCUACUAAACAACACAAAUUAGUCAUGAUUUUUUUUUUUGAUAUUUAUAUGGAAUGUAUAGAUUGGUUAUUUAAACAGCAUGAAUAUGUUAUUAAUCCUUAUUUUAAACCUAAUAGAAAUGAUAUGUAUGAUUUUAUUUAACUUUUUUAGAAAUAAUUAAAAAAAUGCAUUUAA